AUGUCCAUGUCAAAUCCUUCCGAGCCCCAGUUGGACUCUCAUCAAGGUUCUACAGCUACCAGCGCAGAUCAAGUGAAUAACAAGACCCAACUGCUCACAAACGAGAUGGACGAGGCAUUUGCAGAGCUCAAGGAGGUUGACUGGGACGGUCCCAAUGAUCCCGAGAAUCCGCUCAAUUGGUCAUCUCGCAAAAGAAAUCUGCACGUCAUAGUCGUGAGCCUCUUGACGCUGAAUGCAAACCUGGCGGCCACCAUGUUUGCUCCUGGGGCAGGACAGCUGGCCGAAGAGUUCAAAGUCACCGAUUCGACUGUGGAGGCUAUGACAGUUAGCCUCUACGUGCUUGGGUUUGCCUUUGGCCCUCUCAUUCUUGCACCGCUGUCGGAGCUGUACGGACGCCUCAUCCUCUACCACCUUUGCAACACUCUAUAUUUUGCGUUCACAGCAGGCUGCGCUUUCAGCACUAACGUUAGCAUGUUCCUGGUCUUUCGAUUUAUAUGCGGAUGCGCUGCAUCAGGUCCUAUGAGUAUUGGUGGUGGGACAGUUGCGGAUGUCACCGCCCCCCAGAAACGAGGAAAGGCCAUGGCCUUGUUCACCAUGGGCCCAAUAUUAGGACCCGUGCUGGGGCCAAUCAUUGGAGGGUUUGUCUCUCAGUAUGCAGGCUGGCGUUGGACACUCCGGAUCAUUCUGAUUUUGGUUCGCUCUCAGUCCGGGGUCUUUGGAAUUGCUACGGUCGUCUUUAUGCGAGAGACGAGUGCGGCUAUCUUGUUGAGUCGAAAAGCUGACCGAAUGCGCAAAGAGACUGGAAACGCCAUGAUAACCAAGCCCAAAGGGAAACAACAGGAGACACCCCGUCAGAUGCUGUUGCAUGCCCUUACACGUCCUGUGAAGAUGUUGAUCUUCUCGCCGAUCGUCUUGUUUAUCUCGCUAUACACGGGCGUUAUGUUCGGCCUCAUCUUCUUACUGUUUACCACCUUCCCUUCGGUAUUUCAAGGGGUCUACGGAUUCGACGCCGGAACCUCUGGAUUGGCCUACCUUGGCCUAGGGCUUGGCAUGUUGCUCGGUCUCGUUCUGUUCUCUGUUGUUAGCGAUAAGCUCUUGAGACAGACACCAGGCAGAGUCGUGGGCCAGCCUGAACAACGCCUUAUUUUAAUGAAGUGGCUUGCUCCGAUUGCCCCAUUGGGGUGCUUCAUGUAUGGCUGGAGUGCGCAGUACCAUACACACUGGAUAGUGCCAAUCAUCGGGACAUUCAUUAUCGGCUUCGGCUCUUUAUUCGUCGUCAUCCCCGGCCAGAUUUAUCUCGUCGAUGCCUUCGGAGCGGCGACGGCAGCGUCCGCCCUCGCGGCCAACCUCCUCAUCCGAUCUCCUUUUGGUGCCUUUCUGGAUCUGGCCGCCGCGCCUUUAUAUGAGACUCUUGGACUGGGCUGGGGUAACAGUGUGUUGGGGUUUAUCACGCUGGCAUUCAUGCCAGUGCCGUGGUUGUUUUACCAUUACGGCCAAGCGUUGAGAACGCGGUUUACAGUUGACAAGUACAUGUAG